GAGCAGCUAGGAGAGAGAAGUAGACAUGCUGAAGGAGCUCCAGCUCUCCUUGUCGGUCAUCCUGCUGCUUUCCUGUGGCUUCCUCUACCGGCUCACCACGAAGUUCAGCUGCCACUUCUCCUGCCUGCCUCCCUACAAGUCCCAGCAGGGGCCAGAGGGCCUCCUGGGCAAGGGACGCAGCAUUGUGUUCAUAGAGACCUCUGAGAGAAUGGAGCCACCCCCACUGGUCUCCUGUGCUGUGGAGUCUGCUGCCAAGAUUUAUCCUGAGCAGCCUGUGGCGUUCUUUAUGAAGGGUCUCAGCAAUUCCAUGCAGCCGCCCCCAAACUCCACUUACCCAGCCUUUUCCCUCCUUUCAGCAAUAGACAAUGUUUUCCUCUUCCCUUUGAAUAUGACAAAGCUGUUUGAAGACACACCAUUGUUUUCAUGGUACACUCAGAUCAACACCAGUGCAGAGAGAAACUGGCUCCAUGUCAGCUCCGAUGCAUCCCGCCUGGCCAUCAUCUGGAAGUAUGGUGGCAUCUACAUGGACACCGAUGUCAUCUCCAUCAGGCCCAUCCCCGAGGAAAACUUUUUGGCUGCCCAGUCUUCUCAGUACUCUAGUAACGGGGUGUUUGGAUUCCUCCCCCGCCACUCCUUCCUAUGGGAGUGCAUGGAAAACUUUGUUGAACACUACAAUUCAGACAUUUGGGGCAACCAGGGUCCCAAUUUGAUGACGAGGAUGUUGAGAGUAUGGUGCAAACUCAAAGACUUCCAGGAGGUGAGCGACCUCAAGUGUUUGAAUUUGUCCUUCCUACACCCCCAAAGAUUUUACCCCAUCUCCUACCCAGAGUGGAAGCGCUACUACGAAGUCUGGGACACAGACCCGAGCUUCAACGACUCCUAUGCCCUGCAUCUGUGGAACUACAUGAACCAGGAAGGGAGGGCCGUGGUUAGAGGCAGCAACACGCUGGUGGAAAAUCUCUACCGUCAGCACUGUCCCAGGACUUACAGGCAUCUGAUUCAAGGCCCAGAGGGGUUGGUGACUGGGAAGCUGGGUCCUGGUAACAGAUAGAGCCAAUGCUGGGUUGUUGCUGCUAC